CAACGAUCCGUCCAUCCUCUGCGCCCUCGCAGCCAUCCCAUUGUUCCAAUCACCCCCCACAACCAAUUCUCACGCGCAAGUCAGAACCAUCUGAACUGCCCCAAUGCCGGAUACUCACCGCCCCAAGUCCCGCCCUACGGCAUCCUGUCUCCCCUGUCGCACCCGGAAAGUCAAAUGUAAUCGCCUCACCCCCUGCGAGGCCUGCGUGGCGCGGAACGUCACCCACGAAUGUAAAUAUGCCGUGCCGGACGAGGACCGUCACGCCAUUGCGCAGGCGGAAUUGAUUGCCGAUCUGCGGGCCAAGGUCAAUCGCUUGCGGAGCCAGUUGGUACAGGGCCAGCAGCGGGGCCGGGUGCACGAAUUAGAUCUGGAGGGGGAAGUGGUGGAAGACGAAGAAGUGGAGGAUGGAUUGGCGGACUUGGAGGCUGUGUAUGCGGUGCUUCGGGGAGGGUCGUGGGAGUCGGCGCAGCAGGUGAUUACGAGGAUUCGGGCGGGGCAGCCCAUAGGGGAGAUUACGAGGGAGGUUUACUGAAGCGAAGGGGUUCGUCAGGGCUCAAGUGUAUAUAGUUUGGCAUAUUGCCAUCAGGGAACUCGACUGGAUCGGAUUCAUGAACGGACAUCU